AGCAACUGAAAAUACCUUUAGGGAAGCUCGUAAAAUGCAGGAGCAAAUAAAUACAUUAAAGCUUUUGUACGACCAAUUAGCAAUCCAUGUUAGCGAAACAUUUGUAGAUUAUGAUAUAACCGAAGCGCGAUCCAACAUAAACAGUCAAAUAUCAUUACUAACGCUAUUAUUCCAACAGCUAAUAUUUGAAACGGACACCAUAUGUGAUAUAAUAAUGGCCGCUGAAGGAGGAAUUAUACACUCCAGCAUAAUCUCUGUGACCGAGUUACGUAAACAAUUAAAAGAUAUAUCUUUGAAUUUAACGCGGGAACAAAAAUUACCGUUUGAUUUGAACAUUAUGAAUUGA